CAAAUUUGAAGAUGAGAUGCUAUCUGAUAAUCUCAACCAGUUUGAAUGUCUGCUUUCCUUUCUGUUACUACCAUCCUCUUUCCCAUUAUGGUUCUAUGGGUUGGAAUCACCUGGAAAAUCAACUAUAUAAGCUCUUCUAUUUUUCCCCAUUUAUUUCACUUUUGCUUUUAUAUUCUCUUCACCAACAGCUAUCAAUCUAAAUCUAACUAUUCCAUUAUCAUUCGUAAUAAUAGUUUCUUUUAUUCCAUACUCCAUAUUCACUAUUUUUCCAUACUCAAUAUUCCAUAUUUGCUAUUUUUCAUUAAUAUUCUUUAUCCCUUGUUUUCUAUUUUCAGUUACAUCUUUUAUCAAUCAAAAUGGAACGUUUACAACAAAUCGCUGCACAAGCUACUGCCUCUGUUGCUCCACCUCCAACCCCAGCUCAUCCUUUAGAUCCUUUAUCUAUUGCCGAAUUAAAAGCUGUUGUCUCUGUUGUUAAAAACGAAUAUUCUACAAAAGACAUCUCUUUCAACACAGUUACUCUCAGAGAACCAACCAAGGACGCUUAUCUUAACUGGAAAGAAAGAAAUGGCCCUCUUCCCCCACGUUUAGCUUACUUUGUUAUUUUAGAAAAAAACGUUGCUGGUGUUCAAGAAGGUGUUGUUGAUCUCGGUUCUCUUAUUGUCAUCACUUUAAAAACUACUGAAGGUGUCCAACCAAUUUUAACUGUUGAAGAUCUACAAACCACCGAAUCCAUCAUCAGAAAAGAUCCUAGAGUUAUUGAACAAUGUGUUAUCUCGGGUGUUCCAGCUGAUAAAAUGCACGAAGUUUACUGUGACCCAUGGACUAUUGGUUACGAUGAAAGAUGGGGUUCUGCUAAAAGAUUACAACAAGCCUUUAUGUACUGGAGAUCAAAUGAAGAUGAUUCCCAAUACUCCCAUCCAUUAGAUUUCUGUCCAAUUGUUGACACUGAAGCUCACGAAGUCGUCUUUAUUGAUAUCCCCCAAAGAAGAAGAAAAGUCUCCAAACACCCUCACGCCAACUUCAACCCACCAGAUGUCAAAAAGAAAACUGGCUACAGAACUGAUGCUAAACCAAUCAAUGUCACCCAACCAGAAGGUGUUUCUUUCAAAAUGGAAAACAACAUCAUGGAAUGGUCAAAUUUCAAAUUCCACGUUGGUUUCAACUACAGAGAAGGUAUCGUUUUAUCUGAUAUCACCUUCAAUGACCAUGGUAAAAUCAGACCUCUUUUCCACCGUAUCUCUCUUGUUGAGCAAAUUGUUCCUUACGGUAAUCCUUAUUUUCCUCACCAAAGAAAACACGCCUUGGAUAUUGGUGAAUAUGGUGCUGGUUUAAUGACAAACCCUUUGUCUCUUGGUUGUGACUGUAAGGGUGUUAUUCACUAUCUUGAUGCUCACUUUGUUGACAGAGCUGGUGACCCAAUCACUGUCAAACAUGCUGUCUGUAUCCACGAAGAAGACAAUGGUUUGCUUUUCAAACACUCGGAUUUCAGAGACAACUUUGCUACUUCCAUCGUUACCAGAGCCACUAAAUUGGUCAUCUCCCAAAUUUACACCGCCGCCAACUACGAAUACUGUCUCUACUGGAACUUCAUGCAAGAUGGUACUAUCCAAUUGGAAGUCAAAUUAACUGGUAUUCUAAACACCUAUGUUUGCGAUGAAAAUGAAGUCACUGAUCCAUUUGGAACAAAAGUUUACCCAAUGGUCAAUGCCCACAACCAUCAACAUUUGUUCUCCUUAAGAGUUCACCCAAGAAUCGAUGGUGACGGUAACUCUGCUGCCACUGUUGAUGCUGCUUCUUAUGAACCUCCAUUAGGUUCUCCAGAAAACAUGUAUGGUAAUGGUUUCUACGCCAAAAAAACUGUUUUCAAAACCGUUAAAGAUUCAUUGACCAACUAUGAAUCUUCAACUGGUAGAAGUUGGGACAUUUUCAAUCCAAAAUCUAUUCAUCCUUACUCUGGUAAACCAGCUACUUAUAAAUUAGUCUCUACCCACUGUCCUCCAUUAUUAUGCAAACCGGGUUCAUUAGUAUCCAAGAGAGCUCCAUGGGCUGACAAAUCUGUUCAAGUUGUUCCAUUCAAAGAAGAUCCAAACAACUACUACCCAGAAGCAUCAAUGUUGUAUCCAUCUGGUGAACAUGUUCCACAAUGGUCUGGUGAAGGUGUUCGUGGUAUGAGAAAAUGGAUUGGUAAUGGUGAUGCUCCAAUUGAAAAUACUGAUAUCUUAUUUUUCCACACUUUCGGUAUCACCCAUUUCCCAGCACCAGAAGAUUUCCCAUUAAUGCCAGUAGAGCCAUUCUCCUUAUUAUUAAGACCAAGAAACUUGUUCUUAGAAAACCCAACUUUGGAUGUUGUUCCAUCUCAUGCUAUGACUACCUCUGAAGCUAGAGCUGCUACCAACCAAGAAGUUGUUAGCAAGACUGACACUACUUCAAGAUUAGCUUUCCAAAACACUUCAGGCCAAAUCUCAUGUUGUCGUUUCCAAAAAGAAUAGUUUCUUUAAAAAUAAAUAAAAAUAAAAAAUAUAAAAAAAAUUGUUACCUUUUUGCAACUUAAAACUUAUUUUUAUAUUUUUUAUCUAGUCUUUAAU